AUGCCAUUCCUCCUUUGCGUUACGAUAGUGUAUGCUGAUGCAGAGGUUACCGUCCUUAAUGGAACUUACGCAGGUCUUUACUUGCCUGCAUUUCAGCAAGAUGUAUUUCUAGGGAUGCCGUAUGCCCAGGAUACUGGCGGGAAAGGCCGUUUCCGCGUUCCACAGACGUUGACAGAGUCUUGGGAGGGGAUCCGUGAGGCAAAGCAAUAUGGUCAUGCUUGCCCAGACGAGAAUAUGGAGGUAGACGGAGCUUAUGGCAUGAGCGAAAACUGCUUGAGUCUGAAUAUUGUGCGACCUACUGGUAUCAAUGCAACCAGCCGUCUACCCGUCAUGCUCUGGAUUCACGGUGGUAGCUACCAAGUUGGCACUAGUGCAUUGCCAUAUUACAACUUGACCUAUCUCGUCCAGAAAUCAGUUGAAAUAGGAAAACCAGUAUUAGGAGUCAGUAUCAAUUAUCGAAAGGGAGCUUGGGGAAUGCUGUACUCAGUCGAAAUUCAAGGCCAAUUGCUUCUGAGUUAUGGGGGGCGCUCUGAUGGCUUAUUUCACCGCUCAAUCCAGGAAAGUGGAUCAGCAACCACGGCUUGGUAUAAUGGCUCGGACUGGUAUCAGCCCUUUUACAACAAGAUCGUCGAUCAGGUCAACUGCACCAAUGAGCCUGACACUUUGGCUUGUCUACGGACCAUCGAUUAUGAUGUGCUGUAUCCGGUCAUGGGGUCUUCGAACUUCGAUGGCCCUGGUUUCUAUCCAACCAUCGAUGGAGAUAUAAUUCCAAACUACCCCAGCGAGCUUAUGGACACUGGGCGUUUUUCGACCGUUCCUCACCUGUACGGUACGGUCUCCGAUGAAGGCACUGACAAUGCACCAAAAGGCCUAAUCAACACGGAUGAAGAUCUUCGUGAUUACUUGCGCCAUGGAACCGGAUUCGACUUCCCAGAUCCAACCAUCUCCCGCAUAAUGGAGCUAUAUCCUGAUGAUCCUACACAGGGCAUCCCUCUAAAUACUGGUAGUGAGCGAUUUGCGGAUAACGGCUGGCAAUACAAGCGCAUAUCAGCUAUAUUAGGCGACGUAUUCUAUCACGCCCCACGACGAUACGAUGCCAGGCGAUAUGCAACACUUGGGCCUACCUAUGUGUAUCGAUUUAACACGCGGGGAUUUGUGAAUUCAACAAACACCACUUAUACUGAUCUCACAGGCGAGCUUGGGCCUGCAUCCGAAGGAGUUUCCCACUUCACUGAUGUAGCAUUCGUUUUUGCGAACCCGUACUACGUGGGCCCGUGGCCAGAGUAUCGCGCUUUGAGCCAUCAGAUGAGCUCACAGUGGAUACAUUUUGCUUACUACGGCGAUCCAAAUACACCCCUGUUUGUAUACGACCACUGCCCGGUCACCGAGGCCAUCUCUGUGCGCAAGACCAAGGACGAGAUAAUGAGCCCUUCACCCGCCCUCCCAGAGCCUGUCAAGGCACCGGCUCAGGGGACUCCAGAUGCGGCAGGCGGUGUCACGGACAGUGACUCGGGCAACGUCCAAGAGAUCAACGACAGAGACCGUGCCGACAUUGAGAAGCAGAAGUCAGCGCAAGGCAAUGCACAUUUCCAUCGCCUGGGAUGGAAACGCCUUACUGUUGUCCUCUUGGUUGAGGCCAUCGCCCUGGGUACACUAAGCAUCCCUUCGGCCUUUGCGACUCUGGGUAUGGUCGCCGGCGUUAUACUAUCCGUUGGGCUGGGCCUGAUUGCCGUCUAUACUUCGUAUAUUGUUGGCCAGGUAAAGCUGCGCUUCCCACACGUCUCCCACUAUGCCGAUGCUGGGCGCUUAUUGAUGGGGAACUUCGGCUACGAGCUCGUGGGAACCAUGUUUGCACUCGAACUGAUAUUUACCGUCGGUUCGCAUUGCUUAACUGGAGCUAUUGCCCUGAACAACAUUACCGACCAUGGUACCUGCUCCGUCGUCUUCGGCCUCGUUUCGGCUAUCAUUCUCGUCUUCCUUGCCAUCCCGCCAUCCUUUGCCGAAGUUGCUAUUCUGGGUUACAUCGACUUUGCCUCUAUCUUCAUCGCUGUCGGUAUCACCAUCAUCGCUACUGGCAUCCAGUACACUCAUCCCACGACCUCAGCAGCAAUAAAUGCAACCCCAUGGCAGCUAUGGCCUAAGGAGGGACUUCAGCUCGCUGAAGCCUUCGUAGCCCUCGGAAACAUCAUCUUCGCCUACAGUUUCGCCCUAUGCCAGUUUUCAUUCAUGGACGAGAUGCAUACUCCUGAAGAUUUCCCGAAGUCGAUUGUGACACUCGGUGUUAUUGAGAUCGUCAUCUAUACCUUAACCGGAGCCCUUAUCUACGUAUUCGUUGGGCAGGACGUGCAAUCCCCGGCGCUGUUAUCAGCCGGUACGACCGUUUCCAAGGUCGCAUUUGGCAUCGCGUUACCCGUGAUUUUUAUUUCGGGCUCGAUCAAUACCACGGUCGUCGCUCGAUAUAUCCACGGCAGGGUUUUCAAGCACUCUAUUAUCCGAUACAUUAACACCAAGGCUGGCUGGAUCACCUGGCUAAUACUGAUCACGGUUAUUACGAUAAUCGCGUGGGUAAUUGCUGAGGCUAUCCCCUUUUUCUCGGACUUGCUCUCGAUUGCCUCCUGCCUUUUCGUGUCUGGGUUUACCUUUUAUUUUCCCGCGGCGUUCUGGUUCAAACUGCUUAAAGAUGGCCACUGGUACGAGAUGAAGAACAUUGUCAAGAGUAUAGUCAACGCCAUCAUCUUUAUAAUCGGCAUGGUCAUCUUGGGCGUUGGAACCUAUGCAAGUGUGCAAGAUAUCAAGACAGUCCGUCAGGAGGCCGCCGACCACGGAGUCGAUGGCGAUACCGACAGCACAGUCAAUGAAGAGUACUCCCAUAAUCCUGGCUCUCCUGCAUAG